AUGUCAUCUGAAGGUAUCACGUAUGAUCCUCAGUUCAAACCUGUUCAGGGAAUCUACGAGAAUAGAUUAAGACAAUUUAUUGAUACUGGUGGAGAUUACCACGACUUAAAUUUACCCAAGUUCUAUGACAAGAAACGUAUUUCAUUAGAUCAUGAUCACGUUAAGGUUUGGUGGUACCAGGUUUCCUUUGAACGUGGUUCCUCUCCUGUUUCUCCUGAUAAGAGGCCAUCUUGGAGAUCCAUCAUUGAACGUGACAAGAAGGGUGAAUUGGAAUUUAGAGAAGCAAACAUAAAUCAGCCUUUUGGCCCCAGCUGGUCUACCACUUGGUUCAAGGUGAAGAUCUCUUUGCCCGAAGACUGGGCCAAAUCUGACGAGCAACUACUCUUUCAAUGGGACUGUUCUAACGAAGGAAUUGUCAUAGACCCAAAAACUCUGAUUCCUGUGACUGCUUUUUCAGGUGGUGAAAGGACUGAAUAUGUUUUACCGAAAACGUCGGAUGGGAAACAUUUCUUUUACAUCGAAGCUGGUAACAAUGGUAUGUUUGGUUGCGGUGCAGGAUCCACUAUAAAUCCACCGGAUGAUAAUAGAUUCUUUCAUUUAAGGAAAGCUGAUAUUGUUUGGCCCGACCUGGAUGCUCGUGGGCUGUAUAUCGAUUUUUGGAUGCUGGGGGAUGCUGCAAGAGAACUACCUGGAGACUCUUGGCAAAAACAUCAGGCAAGACAACUAGGCAAUGCCGUUAUGAACCUUUUUGACCCUAAUGAUCGUUCAAGUGUUCGUAAAUGUCGUGAACUACUACAAAGGGAGUACUUUGAUUCCUUUUCAGAAAGCAGCAAAGUUUAUGAGCAAGGUGAAUCUCAAGUUUUAACGAACGUUUAUGGUAUCGGUAACUGUCAUAUUGACACAGCUUGGCUAUGGCCAUUCGCAGAAACAAGGAGAAAAAUUGUGAGGUCUUGGUCUUCUCAAUGCACUUUGAUGGAUCGCUUCCCAGAGUAUAAAUUUGUUGCUUCACAGGCUCAACAGUUUAAAUGGUUAUUAGAAGAUCACCCCGAGUUCUUCAAUAAAGUAUUAAUUCCGAAGAUUCAGCAGUCCCAGUUUUUUGCUGUUGGAGGUACAUGGGUCGAAAACGAUACUAAUAUUCCUUCAGGGGAAUCGCUGGCAAGGCAGUUCUUUUUUGGUCAAAGGUUUUUCUUGAAGCAUUUUGGCCUUAAGUCAAAGAUAUUUUGGUUACCGGACACCUUUGGUUAUUCUUCACAAAUGCCACAACUUUGCCGCUUAUCUGGGAUUGAUAGAUUUUUGACUCAAAAACUUUCCUGGAAUAAUAUCAACAGUUUCCCGCAUAGCACGUUUAACUGGGCCGGUAUCGACGGUUCUCAAUUAUUGACUCACAUGCCUCCUGGCAAUACUUAUACAGCAGAUUCACACUUCGGAGAUGUUUUGCGUACCGCUAAGCAGAACAAGACCUCAGAAUAUUACGGCUCCGGUUUAAUGUUGUACGGAAAGGGUGAUGGUGGUGGAGGGCCAACUGAGGAAAUGCUGCAAAAAAUGAGGCGUAUUAGAUCUAUGAAUAACAGAAAUGGUAAUGUUAUCCCAAAGUUACAAGUUGGUGUAACGGUUGAUGAGUUUUAUGAUGACAUUUUGAAAAGAACCAAUCAAGGCCAUGAUUUACCUACCUGGAGUGGCGAAUUGUAUUUCGAAUUCCACAGAGGGACAUAUACUAGCCAAGCCCAGACCAAAAAAUUAAUGAGAUUAUCUGAAAUAAAACUGCAUGAUCUGGAAUGGAUAGCUGCUAAGACUUCAGUUUUAUAUCCCGACUCAUAUAAAUAUCCCUCCGAGCAGAUUAACGAACUCUGGGAGAAUGUUUUGUUGUGCCAAUUUCACGACGUUCUUCCGGGGUCAUGUAUCGAAAUGGUAUAUAAGUAUGAGGCCGUCCCUAUGUUGCAUAACGUUGUGAAGGAAUGCACUUCAUUAAUAGAUAAAACCCUUCAAUUUCUUCAGAGUCAAAGCAAGGCUGAUCUGGUUGAGAUGGGAACACUAACUUGGUCAAAACCAGAAAAGGUGUCUGGGGAGUACUCCUUAUGCGGCAGCUACACGUCUUCUGUAACUGGUUACGACGGCUAUAUAGUUCUUGCCAAUGGGAAGUUGAAAGUUAUCAUUUGCAAAAAGACAGGUGUGAUCACUAGCAUUACAGAUGAAACUUUGGGGGUAGAAUACCUGGACACGAGGAAUGGUAGAAACAAAUUAGGUGCCAACCAGUUCGUUAUUUUUGAUGAUAAACCUUUGGGCUGGCAGGCCUGGGAUACUGAGCUUUAUUCCGUAAACCAAUACGAGUAUAUUACCAAGCCAAAGAAGGUUCAGGUUUCCUGCAAUACAAAGGAGAAAUGCGCAGUUGAGGUCGUCUUUCAAAUUUCCGAAAAAUGCAAAGUUAAAUCAGUGAUUUCACUGAAUGCCACUACAGCUAACGAUGCUAAAUUAAGCAAAGUCGACAUUUCAACGACGGUAGAAAAUUGGGAUGCUAGAAACAAAUUUUUAAAAGUUGAAUUUCCCGUUAAUGUUCGCAACGAUUUUGCUUCAUAUGAAACUCAAUUCGGAAUCACCAAAAGACCAACCCAUUAUAAUACCUCAUGGGAUGUCGCCAAAUUUGAAGUUUGCCACCAUAAAUUUGCUGAUUAUUCUGAAUACAGCAAGGGUGUUUCAAUUUUGAACAAUUGCAAAUAUGGGUUUUCCACACAUGGUAACUUGAUGAGGUUGUCAUUGUUAAGAUCGCCAAAAGCUCCAGAUGCUCACGCCGACAUGGGUACUCAUGAGAUAAAAUAUGCUAUCUAUCCACAUAGAGGAGCACUAUCUAGUGACACUGUUAAGCUAGCUCAUGAAUUCAAUUAUGACUUCAAAUACAGACUCCCCAAAGAUAUUGGCCUAAAUUUCGAUGACAUCAUAAGCAUUUCUGGAGAUGAGAAUGUCAUUUUGUCUAACAUCAAGAGAGGCGAAGAUGAUAGUGCUAUCAAGUCCAACUAUUCAUUAAGCCCAAAGGAUGAACAAAGUAUUGUGGUUAGGGUUUACGAAUCUCUUGGUGGGGAAUCUUUUGCUUCAUUAAAUACCACGCUGAAUUUGAAGCGUAUUGAAAAAAUCGAUAAUCUGGAGAUGAAAGUCUUUAAGAGUUUGACAGCAACGCGCGACGAAUCAAACCGUGCAAUAAACAGAAUUCCUAUCAAGUUGAGACCAUUUGAGAUUGCUUCAUUCAAGUUGUAUUUCUGA